AUGGCGAAAAGUACUUUUUGUGCAAUCAUUACCGUUCAACUCAAGCGGUUUGCAGCAAUUGAAGAGUUACCAGAAGAGUGUCUUUAUGACUGCGGACAAGGCUGUUCGUCGACGGAGAAACGUCGAUGUUGUCCAAUUGGGGAAGGAAAAGUGAAGAAGGUAAACUCCUCAACCAUCCGAACUCUGGAUGAAAGUACAGCCUCCGAUGCCACGUCUUUCAAGGACUUUGAUGAUUCUACACCAGUCUAG